CUUGGUUUGUAACUUUGAUUGGAGCUUUCAAAACUGCUUGAUCAUCGGGGCAUUACACGUUAGUGCUUUAGCCAUGACAUUAGUGGCUAGCUGCAGAGCUAGAGACACAGGGAGUGUCUCUUGUGCGCCUAUAGGAUGUCGUACACCGUGUAUUAUGUUCCCGUUCACUCGUGACAAGCAUCCGAAUCGAUCAUCCGCCAUCCGCCGCGGCAAAUCAUCUUCAUUUCACAACAAGACAGGUGUUUUCUCUUCUUUAGGUUAGCACUUUCCAAAAAUACCCCCUGAUGAGCUAAACCGCUGGCAACAUGAAAUGAAGUCACAAGACGCUUUUCGUCAUUCGUAUAUAAAAUGGGGCCCUCGUAUCACCCUCGUACACUCCCAAGCCAUCCAGGUUAUUCUCGCCAUGGCUUCAACAGGCAUACCGCUAGAUACCGCUACUAUCAUUUCAACAGCGCUGGAAGGCAUCUUAUACGGCUUUUCAGUUCUCAUGUUUAUGGGCACCAUGUGGGUAAUCUACUACAAACCUAACGCAAAUCGCCCGAUCGCUUUGGCGGCAAUCCUGCUAUUGAUAUUGAGUACUGCACACUUGAUCAUAGACAUCAUUCGCCUUGAAAAUGGAUUCGUCAAGUAUCACGACAUUCCUGGUGGACCAGUGGCAUUCUUCCAAGACAUCAGCCAGCCAACAUUUGUGACAAAGAACCUAAUAUAUGCCCUGCAAACUAUGAUUGGCGAUGGGGUGGUGAUUUAUCGCUGUUAUGUCGUUUGGCAAUCCGUUUGGGCUAUCAUCCUACCAGUUACACUGUGGUGCGGGUCCUCAGUGGCUGCUUUAAUCGCGCCCUACUACGCUUCACGGGCAACUGGCGGAAACAUUUAUACCAAUCAGACUGCACAAUGGAUCACGACGUUGUUUGUCUUGACACUUUCAACCAAUCUGAUAAGUUCAGGAUUACUCGUGUAUCGCAUCUGGACGAUCGAACGUAGAGUCUCUGCAAAUCGUGCUACGAUUGGCACCAUGAUGCCUAUCGUGCACGUGCUCAUAGAUGCCGCUAUCAUAUACUCUGCAGCCCUGUUCACCAUACUAAUCUGUUUCGUCUGCGCGAACAACGCCCAAUUCAUUAUGCUGGAUAUGAUCAUGCCAAUCAUCUCGAUUGCCUUCUGCAUGGUGUUGAUUCGCCUUACACCCAAGAAAAAUACUCCAAGUUACCUCCCGACUUAUAGCGCGCAAAUUAGCGCGGAAAUCAACGAAAGGGAAAGAAGAGAUUCGCAGCAAUACCACAUGAAGCCUUUGCAGGUCCACGUAUCCCAGUGGACACAUAUUGACGGUAUGGAGUAGAAAGUGAGGACUGAAACAUAAAUUAUACGGAAGCUUGCAACGUAUCCGAAGGUGAUGGGUAACAGCUCUAGCUCUUUGUCAGGUUCAAAGAGUCAAAAGCAGAUUAUUCCAGCCCUACUCAAUACUUAUUGUAUUUCGCAAUGAUAAUCUUCGUCCCUGGACAAA